AUGGCAGUCAGUCAAUCGGUUGUCGGCCGCAACAAUGCGGACAAGGCCUCGGGUCUCAUCGGCAUGUUCCGCAACCCAUAUGUGUUCGGGACCUGUUGUUUCGCCUCCCUCGGAUGUGUCAUGUACGGUUACGAUCAGGGUGUGAUGAGUCCGGUGCUGGUCAUGGAGAACUUCGAGAACCACUUCCCCGUCUUCAUGGGUGCCACCAUCCAAGGAUGGCUGGUUUCUGCUUUGGAACUCGGUGCCUGGGCUGGUGCUCUGUUUAACGGUUACCUCGCCGACGCCAUUUCUCGGAAAUACUCUAUGAUGGUUGCUGUCAUUAUCUUCACCCUGGGCACUGGUCUCCAGGCCGGCGCCCAGACUCCGGCCUACUUCUUCGCCGGUCGUAUCAUCGGUGGUGUCGGUAUCGGUAUGUUCAGUAUGGUUGUUCCUCUCUACCAGGCCGAAGUUGCUCCUCCCGAGCUCCGAGGCUCGCUCGUCUCGCUGCAGCAGCUAUUCAUCACCAUCGGCACGGCCAUUGCCUUUUGGCUCGACUAUGGCAUGCAGUACGUUGGUGGCGUGCACUGUGACCCGGAGGGCAUCUCCGAUCCCUUCCUCGCGGACGGUACCUACAACGCUGCUCAGAACCACGGCCACACCUGUCUGGGUCAGAAGACCAUCGCCUGGAGAUUGCCCUUGGCCCUGCAGCUCAUCCCGGCCUGGAUCCUCUUCUUCGGCAUCAUCUUCUUCCCCUUCUCCCCCCGUUGGUUGAUGAUGAAGCACCGUGAGGACGACGCUCUUGCCGCCCUCUCCAAGCUUCGCCGCCUCUCCCCCACCGACCCCUUGCUGCGUGCCGAGUUCCUCGAAAUCAAGGCCACCGUCAUGUUCGACGAACAGUCCGAGCAGGAGCAGAUUGGUGCUGGUGGCAGGCUCGCUCCCUGGAAGGCCCUGUUCGAGCCCAACAUGUUCCGCCGCCUCAUGCUCGGAUGCAUCACCAUGGUUGCCCAACAGUUCACCGGUAUCAACGCUGUCAUGUACUAUGCCCCUCAGCUUUUCGAGUCCUUUGGCUUCAACUCCACCAAGACGACCCUGCUCGCCACCGGUGUCACUGGUAUCCUGCAGAUCACCUUCACCAUGCCCUCUGUCCUGUUCCUCGACAAGUUCGGUCGUAAAACCUUCCUCAUCGUCGGUGCCAUCGGAAUGUUCUGCUGCCACAUCGUCGUCGCGACUGUCUUUGGCUUGUACCAAGACAAGUGGGACGAAAACAAGGGUCUUGACAAGGCCCAAGGUUGGGUUGCCAUCACCUUCAUCUGGCUGUUCGCUGUCAACUUUGCCUACUCUUGGGGUCCUGUCGCCUGGGUUUUGACGCAGGAGAUCUUCCCCAACAGCAUGCGCUCCCGCGGUGUCGCCAUCGUGGCGUCGACCAACUGGAUGUUCAACUUCAUCAUCGGCCUGACUACCAAGGACAUGCUCAACUCGAUGAAGUACGGCACCUACAUCUUCUUUGCCGUCUUCUCCGCCCUCGGUGGUAUCUUCAUCUGGAAGUUCGCCCCUGAGACCAAGAACAAGACCCUGGAGGAGCUGGAUAUUUUCUUCGGUGGUGGCGAGGACAGCAUCGCCGAGGCGGAUCGCCUUCGCAUGCAGCGCAUCUAUGAGGAGCUUGGUCUCCUUGGUGUUGAGCAUGUCGAUGACCUCAAGAAGGUGCAUGAGCACGAAGAUAUCCAGAGCACCGAGAAGGCUUGA